AUGGUCUGUGAAAUCACAAGUUCUGAAAUUCAAAGGUUAUUUUAAAAAACUGCAUCUGAUACAAUAAACUGAUGGUCUGGGAAUUAUCUUCCGCUUCCUGUUUUGCCUUAGGAGUGUUUACAAGUAAGAAACUCCACAGGCCAAAGGAGUUUCUAAUUCUCACUAGUGAAAAUGCAGUUUGAAAAAUCUGACAUAUGAGUUGUUAAGAUGAAGCUAACAGGAGUUUUCUGAGGUUCAAAACUUGGCCCGGCCAGGCCUCCUCAGAACACUAGAACUGCAUUUCCAUGUGUGGAUUGCCCUUCAGUGAACAUGAGAUCCCAAUUCUCUUGCACAAGGGACAUUUUCCAGUGUGAGAUUGGACAAUCUGACAGCAGCUGCUAGGAGCUUUUCUGGAAGUGGCUAAAUUCUAUUGAAAGCAGUACAAGAAGCCUUUAGACAGGGCUGGCUCAAGACGUUUUGCUGCAUGAAGCAAAGGUGCCUCUCAACUCACCUUCCACACACAUAAGCUGACUAGGCUGUAAAUUGAAUCUUACUUUGGUACUGGUGACAGGGCUGUUGUCUUUGCCACAGCUGAAGUCAGCCAGCUAGCUUAGGCAAUGAAACACAGGCUGAGGGCACACACAACUGUGUCCCCUCCGAAACCUUACUGCCCACCCCCAGAAUCUGGCAACAAACUAGCGGAUCUUUGAGCAUGGGUGUUAUAUGCUGACCACGCUAACAAUCAUUCUGCACUAACUGCCAUUUCCAGACCAAGUGCAAGGGAAACUCCACACCUAGAGUACUUUACAGUAAUCUAGUCUUGGAUUCACCAGUGCCUGGACUACUGUGGCCAAGCUCUCCCAGCCCCAUAGGCUGCCAUCUUUUGUGGAGAGAGAUCUGUGGGGGUGAGGGGCUGCUUUUGUGGCCUGCUAGUGUGGAGAAGGAGCCAUCCUGCCUCAUACCCUCCAACAUUUCUCCAAUGAAAAUAGGGACGUCCCAUUCCAUAAUGAUAAUUUUACUAUUUAUACCCCUCACAUCUGACUGGAUUGCCCCAGCCACUCUGGGCAGCUUCCAACAUAUAUAAAACAUAAUAAAACAUUAUUAUUUUUUAAAAACUUCCCUAUACAGGAUUGCCUUCAGACAACUCAGGGGUCAUAUAACUCCAUACCCUCCAGCAUUUCUCCAUUGAAAAUAGGGACAUCAUACCAUACCCUCCAACAUUUCUCCAAUGAAAACAGGCACAUCUUACCAUACCCUCCAACAUUUCUCCAAUGAAAAUAGGGAAAUCCUAAGGAAAAGUGGGACAUUCUGGGAUCAAUUCAGAAACUGGGAUGGCUUCUGUAAAUCAGGGACAUCCCUAGAAAAUAGGGACACUUUGAGGGUCUGGUGCCCUCAGCCUUCCAAAUCUAAGCUCUGGUCAGUUUGGCAUGAGUUUGUUUUCAGGAAAAAUCUCCUGUUUCGGCUUUGUGAGCACACUUCUUGUGGUUGUUUUGUUAGCUUUUUGCCUCUUCCUUGUCCUUAUUUGCUUGUCUUGUCAUUUUUUCCCUUCUCCCUUCUCCUUUCUUCAAAAUGAUAAAUGAAUAAAUAAAUGCAUAAAUAAUUCCUGAGUGCACACCCAAACAAAAUGUGCUCCUCCUCCUCCAUCUGUCCAGGGCAAGAUAAUGGGCCAGUUUCUCUGACACAGGAACUGCUUACAGUGCCAUGAUUUCUUGCCAGGAUUCAAGCUCAGCAUUUUCCCCUUCAUCCAUUCCACAGAGCUUAACAUAAUAAUCUAAGGGAAAAAAGACUGCUCCCUGCCCCAAGGAGCUUACUAUCCAAAUUUUGCUGAUGGAGUCGUUUGGAAUGUCACUCAUGAUGGGCAGAAGCAUUCCAAGGCAGUUGGAGCUAGUUGGAGUCAGUUCAGGAAGAGAAGUUAGUCAGAACAGGGAGAGAAAAGGAGGAGGCGGAUAAUAGGGACUUUCCAGAUUAUUAUUGUCUCGGAACUGACAGUUUUUAUUACCAUGUUAUGGGAAGCAUUGGCCAAUAAGAUAAAAUCUCUGUUCAAUGUUCUUCAAUAAUUACAAGUCCUUUGACAACAACUCUCUCCUUCAGUGCCUGAAGCAGCAUUUCUAUCCAAACUCGAUUGCCACGAUGACAAAGGAAAGACAGAGGCAAGGGUAACAGGAAAGAAAUAACUGAAUUAAAGAAUAAACGGAGAGAAGAUGUGAAUGUUAUUAGCUCGAUCAGGAGUAAAGAGGUAAGAGUAUAAUGAAUCCCACACAUUUAAAAAUUCAGCUUGAUGGCAGUGAAAAAGGACCCGAUUUCAAGGGUUAACCUUCAUCCAAAUUCACUACAAAAAAAAUAAAUCAGAAGAAUCUGAUUUUUAAAACCUCACAGUACAAAUAGCAAGGGUUUCAUUUUUUUAUUUUCCCUCUUGACAUGCAGAUUCCACAUUCAGAAAUCUACAAUCUGUUACUCAUCUCAAGUCAAUACAGAUGGACUUUUAACCUUUCUGAGUGGGACUGAUUUCAGAAGCAGAUGGCAGUGCCAUGGCCAGUAGUAUAUGACAAACCCGAAGUGACUCCCUCCUCUGCUAGAAUAAGCUUUAAAUUCUCUCCCUAAAACCAUGGUGAUACUUCUGAGAUUCCUAUAUUCUUUGUAGCUCUUAUCCUUAUACAUAGUAACAACAGCCUUCACAGUUGUUGCCUGAUAGGAGACCUGUGCAAUGCAAAAGCUUGCUUACUUUCAGGGACGCUAAUAAAAGGAGCCACUUCAACAUAUGUGGGAAGCAUUUGUGACAACCUCAGCAGGCCGUUGCAGGAGGCGGGCCUGAGUUGCUGGCCUCCUGUUAGAUGGACAGUUCCUGAAGCUAAUCUUGAUGCUGCACUUGCCUGUCCAGUAGCCAAUGAGAAGCAACUGAGAAUUCCCCUUCUUUAUCCUGGUACACCCACAGCUGAUGCAACCCUAGUGCAAUGUGCCGUAUCGCGGCUGCCUUUGCUGUGUGUGUUCUGCUCUCUGCACUGGUAAAAUAGUUCUGAAAUACCGUACCAUCUUAACAUGUGGACAUUGUAGGCUGGCAUAAACAUUCAAGCCCAAAGACCGGCUUGUGAUGAUCUCAUUUUCAAUUUGGGGGCAGAGGAGAGGGCUAUUGUUACUGUUUAAAAUCUUCUUUAACCACUUCAGUGCUAAAUACUGUUUAGAAAAGAGAUGGGCCAGGGGUUUAAUAUCUAUGUUAGAUGGUUAAAAAGAAGUAUAUUCCAAUGAGAGUUAUACACCAGCUUUUUGAGAAUCAAGAAGCAAAUGUGCAAGCUUUCAUGUUACCCAGGAUUCUUUGGGAUGGGUGUUUGAAGGUGCAUCUUAAAAUCUUGCGUACUACUCUGUGGAGACUUUUUUGUGCUUUCCCUGUGAAUCAGAGGGACGAGAGGGACUGACAUUUGUUGAGUUGGGAAAGACCCACUUGGGCUACUGUUUUGUUUGCAGUGGAAGACGGCCGAGCUUGGCAACCUCCACUAUUUUCAACUGUGCAAAUCACACUGCUCACACCAGCUAGUGUUGUCAGAGAAAGAUGCCACAUCUAAGACCCAAUAGUCAAAUAUUAUUAUUUGAAACAAGGAGCACACAUGUUAUUUGUGUGAUUGUGAUGGAAUCAUGUGGCAGUCUCUAUCAGUGGGAAAUAACUCACCCACCCACUUAGAGCAAAUAUUUGAUCUAGAUUGGAUCCUUUUCAUGUUUCAUUAUCCUAUCACACGAUGCUUUGUGAUCUCAACCUCUUAGAUCACACAAUAGGAACAUGAAGGACCUAAGGCAUAAAGUUGUUGGGAACAGGCAAAGAUCAGAAAUCACUUGAAAACUGCAUGCAGAAGUAGAAGCAGCAAUGGAGUCCCAUCAAUGACUUAGCAGCAGAGGGUCUUCACCAUGACUCCUCCCUCCUCUCCCACCUUUUCUUCAAUUCUUCUUGCUAGCAAAGAAAGUUCAAAGAACCAGAAGAGAAAAUUGAUCUGGGUUGUAGGUCACCUUUCUGUUUUUUAUUCCUCCAUGGAAAACACACGUUCAACUCGAGAGCUGCUGUGCAUUAGCAAAAGUAUGGCUGGGUACAGUAUAUGUCAAGUAUGAUUUACUUGCUCAUGUCCUCCCAGGCAUGGCUCCAGCUAAACUGAGCCAGGGCACUCUGCACCUGUAAUGCCAUAACUUAAUUCGAGGACAGAAAGCAUUAGCCAGCAACCUCGCUUUCAGGACUCAACCUCUGAACAGGUGUUCUUAGAUUACAAGGCUGCCUUUGAGCAUGUAUGUGCAGAGUACAUGCAUCUCGCUCAACUAACCGCAGCUCAGCUCUGCAUUCCUCGGGAAGUACAGCCCUGAAACACCUUCAUUUUAAAGAAUUAGCUACGAACUAACCGCGCGUUUCCUAACGUGGAAGAAAGAAUAUGUUUUAAGGAAGGAUAAACAGAUUACAAUCCCGUUCCAAAAGGAGCAUGCGCAAUGUCAAGGGAAAGGACCGGUGGAUGGAUACGCGACGAGCGGGCGCUGCGGCUAGGGCGGCUGGAGGGAUAUAUAGGAAGACUCCACCCCGCUAUGACUCAUUCCUUUCUCGACACAGAUACAACAGAGGAUUCAGACGGAGAGCAGCGACGCGUGGGCGAGAUCGAGGACAUGGCUUUCUAGAGCUGCGCGGAUCUUGAAGCGAACAAGCGUGUAUUGCACGCUGCAACGAAACAAGCAUAAUGGAGUGAGUAGAUCUUUUGGGGUUUUCCGCUGGCAGAACCCAUCUUUAGGAAAAGCGGGUCGGGGAUCGAGCUGCUUCUUGGUGCGGUCGGGUCCCUUUUCCCCUUUCUCCCUCCCUGUAUCUCUUUUUGCAAUCCCGGGGGGCGUUGAGGAUACAGACCGAAACGCAGUGGGUGGGGGCGUGUUGCUAGACCUCGAGGUUUUCCUAAAGCCCACAUAGUCCUCUGUAUUGCUGUAGAACAGCACGACCCCCCUCCCCCCCCAGAAAAAACGCAUAGAGAAAUCGGCGCCCUCUGUUCUCGGGGCUCGAAAGGGUUGCUCUUCUGGGCUCUCUAGGGAAGGGAGCAGGUGCGUCAUGCCAAACCUCACCGGGAGAAGCAGGUGCGCGAUGACAUGUUCCCGCCCUCUUCCCCUCCCAGCGCAUAAGGCAGAUGGUGGGGGGGGGGGGGAGCGCGACUUGUCUAUCCCUGCCCAUGCUAAACCUCUCGGGAGAUUUUCCACUGUUCCAAGGUUCUUCUAUAGGGCUGGCCCAAGCUUUUUUUUGAUGUUGUUUUGCGGCCAGGUUAUUUUGGCACCCAAGGCGGAAAGUCCCACAUAUGCCUGUUCUAUCCCUGGCAGUCAAAAUACAGUGAUAAUCAAUGGGAUCUACCAUAUGCUGCCCUUUCAUGACACCCAAAACCAGCAUUCGAAUGGUCCAGAGCUUGUACUGUGGAUGCCACAUGGUCGGAAUCAUGAAACACUUCUCCCAAAGGCUAUGCUGGCAGGAAUUGUGCAACAUACACAUGCCGUGUCCAUCUGGAUAACUCUUGAUGUGGGGGGAGGGGAGAGAGAAGCUAGGAAGGUUGUAGGAUUGGAUGUGGGAAGUGGUCCAGGCCACAGCUAACCGCCUAACAACAUAUGAAGGCCUGCUUUGCAAGUCCUGUUGUCUGCUCUGAUAUCACUUAAAUCCUCUAGCAGAACAAAAAAGUUAAAGUUCCAGUUUGAGAUGGUUAAGCUGAGCCUGGUAUGGAGUAGGAAGGGAUCUGGCCUUUUCUUCGGUCCUCUACCAAAAUGGUAAACUGUUUGCAUUUCUGACCUGUAUUUUCCUCCUCCUCCUCCAGGUCCCUUUUUGCCACCACCACUAUCCCUGCCUGCAGGAGCCGAGCUACUCCUUGCGUGCUGCAUCCCAAUCCUGUGUCGACCCUGAAUUACCAUUGCUACGAUGUCCCUGCUGGCGGCACUGA